AUGACGUCUCCCACAACCUCGACGACCUUGCCGUCGAGAGCGGCUACUGGCAUCAGCUCGCAUGCUGGCGAUGCCGUUCCCGACUUUGACCCUACUACUACUGCUGGUUUACUCUCAGAACGUCUGCAGGCAUGGAAGCAUGCUUGUGGCUACAUCGAGGAGUAUAUCACGGCCGUCGAGAAGAUUCACGGCCGUCAAGCAAAAGAGUAUGAAAAGGCCCUCAAGACCAUCUCCAAUCCCCUCCGCGAGGGUCACCACUUUGAUCAGAGCCUCGGCGGCGUGGCCGGCUUCUUCGAGAAUAUGCGAUCCAAUACCCAAGCUCAGAUCAACACCAACAUUGAGACCGAGAAGAGCAUCAAAGGCUCCGUCCUACCCAUACUCGAGCGUCUGCACAAGGAAAUCAAACACAAGGCCAAGGAACUCCACAGCGGAGCUCACAGCAGCGCCAAGGAGGUGGAGAAGCUUCGCAACACCACCCAGAAGCAGAUUGAGCUUCUCGGGCAGCAGACUGCCUCGUACGAUUCCGCAGGUGGCAAGAUCUCCGCCGCCGACGAUCCCUACGUCGUCCACCGCGGCGUCAUGCACCGCCUCAGCGCCCAGGUCUUGGCCGAGAACAACCACCACAACGACCUGGUUGCGGUCCAGAACAAUUUCCAGACGUUUGAGGCCCACAUCAUUGAAGUCUUCCAGCAAGCCGUGGAAGCCUUCGUCCAGCUCGCCGGUGGCCAGGCCGAAAAGACGCGCGCCCUGUACCAGGACAUGCUGGGAACCGUCCAGUGCGUCCCCCUGAACUUUGAGUGGCAGAACUUUACCCAGCGUUGCUCGGACCGCCUCGCCAACCCCAACGACCCUCCUCGCUCCAUCGACUCCAUCCAGUUCCCCAACAUGGACCACGCCGCGACCAAGCCCCUUAUCGAGGGUACCCUGGAGCGCAAGUCGCGAAACAAGCUGUCCUGGGGCUACUCGGCAGGUUACUACGUCGUGACCCCCUCCAAGUGGCUGCACGAGUUUAAGGAUUCGGAUGACCUUCGUCAGAAUCCCAAACCCGAGCUGUCUCUGUACCUCCCCGACGCCGUCAUCGGCGCCCCCAGCGGCGACAAGUUCAACGUUAAGGGCAAGGAUAAGAGCGGUACCGUGAGCUCCAAGCUCACCGGCAGCACCGAGCUCGCGUUCAAGGCGCACACUGCCGAAGAUGCCCAGAAAUGGUUCCACGUGAUCCAACAGGUCUGCGGCGCAACCGGGCCUGCCGAACCACAUUCGCCGGGCUCUGCCGGGGAGAAUGAUGAUGAUGAUGAUGCUGACGCUGCUGCUGCUGCUGCUGCCAUGGGUGCUUCUGCGCCGUUGCCAGAGAAGAAGAGCAGUCAGCCCGCUGCUGCUGCUGCUGCUGCUGCUGCGCCCGCGCCUGCGGAAGGAGGGCACGGAGCCCAAGAGGCUGGUGUGACUGGCGGCCAAGCGAUACCGAUGACUCCCAUGUUGGACGAGAAGAAGCCUACGGCAGCAUGA